AGAUCACACUCAGCACCCUCACCACUUAUCUUUUUUUUCUACAAAAAUUCAGAGUCCAAGGGCGACUUGGCGUGAACAUUCGCCUGCUCUCGCCGGCCGUCCGCUUCACUUGAUGCCAGUCCUUGUCACUUGUCAGACUCCAGUCCAACUCCAACGGCAGCACUCUGCAAUUAGGAAAAACUAAAGAACUGUUAGGAUGGCGAGCUCGCACUGCUGGGAGAGCCCGCCGGCGCUGAACCCGGCCGGCGGAGUGGGUGAGGUCGUCGACGACUUCGGCGGACUCAAGGCCUACGUCGCCGGCUUGGCGGAGGCCAAAGCCGCCGUCAUCCUCGUCUCCGACAUCUUCGGGUUUGAGGCGCCAAAGCUGAGGAAGAUAGCAGAUAAUGUUGCUUUGUCAGGUUACUUGGUUGUAGUGCCAGAUUUCCUGCAUGGGGAUCCAUUCGACCCCAGCAAUCCCAAUAAUCGUGCAAUGUGGUUGCAGGCACAUUCUCCGAAAAAGGCAUUUGAAGAGGCAAAACCAGUAAUUGCUGCUCUAAAGGAGAAGGGAGUGGCAAUCAUUGGGGCUGCAGGUUAUUGCUGGGGAGCAAAGGUCGUUGUCGAGCUGGCAAAAGUUCACGAGAUCCAGGCAGCUGUAUUGUUACACCCGUCUUUACUUACUGUUGAUGACAUUAAAGAGAUCAAAUGCCCCAUUUCUAUACUUGGAGCUGAAAUUGACAAAGCAUCACCCCCAGAAUUGUUGGAGGAGUUUGAGCAGAUCCUGUCAGCAAACUCUGGGAUAGAGCACUCCGUCAAAAUUUUCCCUGGCGUAGCGCAUGGAUGGGCUGUGAGAUACAGUGACGAUGAUGUGGCUGCUGUGAGUAGUGCUGCGGAAGCUCUGCAUGACAUGACCCACUGGUUUAAUAAAUACCUGAAGUGAAAUCUGAAGUUGUAUCUUGAAAUUUAAAGACGUCUUGACAGAUCAUCGUGUGACUGUACCAAUUGUGUUUGUGGCCAUUUUGGAGUUUGGACUUCCGUUUUCAGUUUAUUUUUUUCUCGAAUACGCAGGAAGUCUGCGCAUCAUUUUUAUUAAGAAGGAACGAAAUUAAGUACAAAGACCGGCUGGCCAGGCUGGCUGCUCAAACUGGGCUAUAUGAUUGAAACAAAAGUUUUUAGUUUUUUUUUU